ACUGCGCCCAUGCAUGUAAUAAUUGUUUGAAACGCUCCAUUCCCUGCCCACUCCUUCAUAAGAAACACACGAAUACCAAUUGAUAAGAAACAUAUUCAUUCGUUCCCUCCCUUCCCUUGUAAGUUGUAACCUACCUUCUUCUGUUCUCUUCACUUCCACAACAGAAGAGAAUUAAUAUAUAAUUAUAAGCAGCAGUUAUGAUUAUGGAUCAAAGUAACGAUGAGGAUCAGAAACUCGUUGCUGUGCCUAAAAAAUAUUCGAACAAGUACUUGUUCUACUUGGGCCAGCUGUUGAUGAAAAGGACUUUGAAGCUUCUACUCUCAGUGUCUUUGUUGUCUUUGUUUCUUCUUUGCUAUUCUUCUUCAUCAGUUUCAGUUGCAGCACCACCUCUAUUAAUAAUCAUGAAUCCCACGAUGAGUCUCUGGAUCAGGACGCCAUCGCUUAUGCUGCUGGUGAAGAUGAAGGGGAAUCGCCAACUCUACAAGAAGGAGAAGAAGACGACGACGACGGAGAUGGACAACAGGAAGAACUUGAAAAUGGGACUCUAUUGCGGGCAGAAGAAAUACCUCAAGCUUUUAGCGCAGAAGAAAAAGGAGGAAGUGAAUCUUUGAUAAAACAACGCGAAGAAGAGAUGGACACACCACAGCUGGAAACAAAUCAUGUUAAUGACUACUUAGCCGCUACUAGUACAGAUGAACUCAACCAAAAAUUCGAAGAAUUUAUAAGAAAAAUGAAGGAGGAAAUCAGGAUUGAAGCUCAACGGCAACCCAUUGCCGUUUAACCAUUCAGCGAGCAGAUGUGCCUCUGCACAUACAUAAAACAUAUACAGCUCAGUUUGUUUAACUCAUCAUCAUCAUCAUCAUAACAGUCAUCGUCAUCGUCAUCAUCAGAUCAGGUUUUAAUUAUUUUCUUGUAGCUCUAUAGCUGGUGGCUAGCUAGUACUGUAACGUCACUUGGACCUUGUAAACAUCUCAAGUGUAUGAUUAUGCAUUCCAUUUUUAUGUCGUUGAUUGCUCUUUCCAUCCAAUCAUUUAGUGGAACGAUUUAUUUCUGAAUCCUAUUAAUU